GAAAACAUCCAAUGUCGUCUAUCAACACACGCAAAGGGAAACAGUUUUACUGCUCAUAUUACUACAAACAUAAGAGCCGAGCUGUAAUAAAGCAGAAUCAUCCUUCAACUAAACUGCUGAGGUAGAUUUGAUGAGAUGAACUCUGAACUCUGAUAAGAAGAAACUCCACUCCUUGUUUGAUUUCUUUAGAGACCAGGAAUGAAAUCCCUCCCUUUCCCUGAAGCCACAUGACCAGAGAGAAUGGCUGAUUGGUUGAUAGGACACAGUGGGCAUCCCCUCUGCUGAUUGGUCAUAGAGUGGAAGAAAUUUUGAACAGUGCAGACUGAUCGUGCUCAGUGCUGAUCUGCCUGCUCAACCUGACACAGCUUCUCCAAACAAACAGAAUCUGUCCUGAACAUCAGCAGACUGUUAAACUCCUGCAGCUGGAAAACUUUCUGACUGAAGUUUCAUUUACAAUCAAAGCCAAAAGCUCAACUCGUUCAACAGACGCUCAGUUUGGAGGAAGUUUCCUGAAAAUGGCCUCAAGUACAGAAGAAUUGUCUGAUUUGUCAAAAUUAAUGAACAAACUUACUGAACGUGCUCGUUCAUUCAAAACACAGUUUGACAAGAAUGAACGUAGGAUGAGACAGAUUGUAAGAGAGUAUCAGAAGAUCGCUGAUGAGGUAAGAGAGAUGCAGGCAACAACCGAGACAGUCAGAAAAGUUGGACUUAUUGCUGUAGGAGUCGGAGCCGGAUUCUGUAUCCUUGCAGCUCCGUUCACUGGAGGGUUGAGCUUAGUGGGAGCAGCAGUAGCAGCAGAAGUAGGAGAAACAGUAGCAGCAGUAGCAGCAGGAGGAGCAGCUACUGUAGUUGGUGCAAACAUUGCACAAACAAUGAAAGAGAAUGGAAGUGCAAAGAAAGUAAAAGAACUAGUAACAGAAUUCAUGAAGAUUAUUGAAGCAAUGAAGAACAACACGCAAGAAAUAAAUAUGACGUGUGAAAAGUUGGAGCAAAGAUCAGUUGCAGCUCUGGCUGACAACACUCUGUCAAAUGUGGGACAGUUUCAGAUGACUCUUAAAAAAGUGUCUAACCUGGGAAGGAAGACUGUGACAGUUUUGACUUUAGCUGUAACAGUGAUAGACUUUCUGGACAAACUGAUGACAUUCUUUGGCAAAGUCUUCAGAGUCACUGCGACUCCUGAAGAGGAUCAAAGGUUGAGAGACUCCAUCCUCCAGUCAGCUGAUCAGUGUCAGACGAUCGUUGAUGAGUUUGAUAAGAUGAAGAACGAACUCAGAAACUUCACAGGAAGUAAAGAGAAGAAAUAAACAAGCUGCAGGAUGAAGAAACACAAAGACUGUGAUGAUGAACAGUUGGUAUUUUAACAUUUUCACUGGUGUUUAGUGUUUUAAAUGUUCAGUCUUUGUGUUUUUCACUAAUCAAACAUUAAUGAGGUUAUUUGAAGGAACACGUGUCAGUGCAGUGAUGAGAUGUUCUCUAUAGAAUAAUAAAUAUCUUGUAUUAUCUCCA